CCACACCUCCGAGCAUCGUUACCGCAGCAGCAGCAGCAUCAGUGGUGGUGGAGUUGGUUGGUGGUGGUGGUGGUGGUGUGAUCAUGUGACGCCUGCAUUUCCGACACAACAAUACAACAACCGUGAUCGGUCUCUGCAUUCACGCUCACCUCGCUCACUCUCUCUCUCCCCCCUUUUCCCUACGCCUCCUCGCCUCGCUCUCGGUUAUGGCAGACGGCGAGAGGUCCCCGUUACUAUCGGACCUGGGAGAUGGAGCUCUCGGCAGCGGUAACGGCGGGGUGUCUCCCGGUGCAGCGCCCUACGGCGUGCCCAACAAACCACAGAGCUUCCCUCCGUUCCCCAGUCCAACUCAGCCCUCUGUGCUCCUAGGGGAGGACCCGCCGCCGUACUCCCCUCUCACCUCCCCGGAGAGCGGCAGCGCCCCUGUGAUCAGCUGCAGGGUGUGUCAGAGCCUGAUCUCUGUGGAGGGAAAGAUCCACCAGCAUGUGGUGAAGUGCGGGGUUUGCAAUGAAGCUACGCCCAUUAAGAACGCCCCAGCAGGGAAGAAGUACGUCCGCUGCCCCUGCAACUGCCUGCUCAUCUGCAAAGUCACCUCCCAGAGGAUCGCCUGUCCCCGGCCAUAUUGUAAGAGGAUAAUUAAUCUUGGUCCAGUCCAUCCUGGUCCGGCCAGUCCCGACCCCCAGCCAGCCGGAGCCCGAGUCUCCUGUGGACACUGCAGCAACACUUUCCUGUGGACAGAGUUCACAGACCGAACGCUGGCCAGGUGCCCACACUGCAGGAAAGUCUCCUCCAUCGGUCAGAGGUAUCCCCGGAGGCGAAGCUUGUGGUGUUUUCUACUCUGCUUGCUAUUCAGCAUCUCCACCGCCGGGCUGAUGGCUGGAACGUGGGCGAAGGCUCAGACCUACCAGGGGAUCUACGCCUCGUGGGCCGUGCUGCUGCUCCUGGUUCUCGUCACCCUGGCUCGGGCUUUCUACUGGGCCUGCAUGAGGGUCAGCCAGCCCCUCCAGAACUUCACAUAAAAAAAAAACAUGCCGCAACCCCAUUCCCCGCCACCCCCACCCCUCCAAAAAAAACCCACCAAGCAGGAGGAAAGAUGGCUUUAAAGAAAAAAGAAAAAAAAAACAGAAUAUUUAUUUAAAUCCAGAAAGAAAACCUUCUCCUCCUCCUCAUUCCCUUUUAGUCAAGUGUGUUUCUAAAACUGGAUGGCGGUGGCUGCGACUGCUAUAUAUCUAUCGGUAAUUAUGAUGACGCGUAUAGCCUAAUGUACUGUUUAUCUGUUCUAAUCUCGUGGCCAGUGUGGGGUUCAUUUUAACAUAACGAGUUCUCUUCUUCUCUUUCUCCCCGCGCUGUUUCUACAUUUUUGGAUUUAGUCUGUGGCACAUCUGAGACGAGGGCUUAAAGACGAAGUCUUAGACGUGAACGUUGCCCUUGUUUUUUUUCCUCUCUCUCUCCUCCUUCAAUCCUAAUUUGACAUUAGGUUUAGUGUUCGAGCAUUUAACAAAGAAUCAAAUUAUUUUGUAAAAGCGGCGAUGAAGUCAGAUGAAGCUAACAAAUCAAUGCCAGUAGCAGAUGAUUGGCUGGAGGGGCCAUCGGUCUCUCCCCCUUUUUCUUUUUUUUGUAAAUCAAAAGAUCAAGUAGGUGUUGAAAUGUGUCUGAAAAAUUGAAUUCAGCAGUACGUGAAGGUAGACUGUGAUGUUUCUGAACUCAAUGUUUAUGCUGAAUUAUCCCCUGGGACUGACUUUGAUCCAAAGCAGCUUGAAAGCCUUAAAAGGAGGUGUGAUAGAUCCAACACACACACACACACACUUACACACACAUACACAUGAAUGUGUACCGGCACACAACAAAAGGAGGGUGCUCUCUUUUUUUUAAGAGUUUCAGAAACCAGUUUGUCAAAGGCACCCCAGCCUCUGUCUUCAAAGACAGACGUUCUCUAUACUGUCCUUAUUUCAGUGAGGACGACGUAACGUCGAUGCCGCUUUGCAUUAAAGUAUGGAUAUUUAGUUCUGGUCCCGCGGGAGAGUAACAACGCCUGCGGCUUCUUUCAAACUACAGUCGACAAGUUUACUUUUUUUAAACGUUUUAUUAUUUAUUUUUUCCAUUAUGCGGAAAUUCCUGUUGACACGAAAACAAGCAGAAUGUGGCGUAAUCCUCCCAGUUUUAAGAGACGGGUUCAGCGUUAUCGCACAAAUCUUCUGCGUUAACCUCGGUUUGACCUCUACCUGACUCAUCACGACCAAAUUUUACCACGCGCCACGGACUCUGCGACCAGUCAGACAGAGAAACGAGAGAAUCCGGUCGAUUUUUCAAAAUAAAACACCCAUAAAAUGACCAAAUCUGAGUGAGUCAGGUAGUCUGAGGUGCUUUGUUGUGGCCGUGACAUGACCGAGUCGUGCCCGGUGGGAUAUCGUCUUUAUACUCAGAAAGCCCUGCGAGGGUAAAGUAGUUUUGGAAUUGCUUUCCGGUGUUGCUUGUGAAUUUUCAUUCAUACAAACUACACUACAAGUUUGAAUUUUCUGCGCUGCUUACGUUUUUUCUAGCUGAGCUUCAAGUCUGUGAACACAAACCUAAAAACGACCGGCUCUCCAGGCGUUUAUAGCUCCUGAUAACAGCCCCUCAAAUUUCAGUGCGCCAUGUCCCGUCGAGUCCAUUUAGGGACCACUCACGGUGAAAAUGUGUCACUGAAGACGGAGGCUGGUCCUGAGCUUUUUUUCUUACUGGUUGGUUCCAGAUGGAGCGUUCACCUUUUGAAAGGCCAGUGGAGUCAGAAAUGGUCAGUAACAUUAAUCCACACUACACUUUACAUUCUCACUCCGUGUAAGCCCAUAAACGACGUGUCUGUGGUUCUGAAUGUGGUGACGUUUUCUUCUGUUUAUGAAUUCUGUAUUUUUUUGUUUUGACUGUAAAUAUAUUUGUCGUUUAUGUGCAAUGGAAGCGAAUUAUGUUGCACUCGGAGCUUAACACUACUGCUGUGACGUGUGAUCGCUGCAGAACGUUUUUAUGUUUGUUUUUAAGAAAGUUAUUUUUGCAGAACUCUUCACCUGUUACAUAUUUAACGAUCUGACGAGCUACUAACCUAAUAAGCCUCCGGACACCCAGCCGUGUCCCAACUCUUAAACACAUGGACACACUCGCACCGGCGGAACAUUACGACUGAAUAACAUUCCCGAGCGAUGGCAUUUCAUAUCUCUGUCUCACACACACACACACCCAGCACCUUAUACAGUAGUGAGAAACACUGCAUACACCGAGUAAGAUGAGACGAAGUUAGACAGAACUGAGGUCGCAAACAGUUCAUGUGGUGUCAUGUUAUUUAUUAUAAACACGCUGCAAAGAAAAGGCCCCUUUAACGAAUAAGUCAUUCAUCAAGUCCUAAAAUCUUAUUUGUCCAAAAAGUUUCUGAUGGAGUGAGAUUACUUCACUUUCCUCAAGACUGGACCAAGCUUUUCUUUUUUCUUUUUCAAUCUGCCAGUUUCAAGUUAUGGUCAGUGCGUUCAUUUUUAAGACUCUGCUGGAGGAAAAAAAAAAAGAUUGUAGGACGGGAUUGGACAGACUUUAAGAUGACAUGACUUGUUUCAAUAAGACCCUUUUAUUGCAGUGGAGUGAUCAUGUUUUAUCCAUGACUGCAAAAGAAAUCAAUCAUGUUAAUGCCAAUAAUCAAGAUCUGGCUGAUGCUCUUUUAAGAGUUUGUUUACACACAAAUAAAGACAUGAUGAUGUACAAAA